AAAAGAACCCAUCUUUAAACGAGAAAGAUUAAAAAAAAAGAUUUUCUUUUUUUUUGUACUUUAAAAAAUGUUGGGUUUUUCUUCUUCGAAGGGAGGAGGGAAUAACAAGUAUGAUUAUUCAUUUAAAAUACUUUUGAUUGGUGAUUCUGGUGUUGGCAAAAGUAGUUUACUUGUUACUUUCAUCUCCAACUUUGUUCAUGAUCUUUCUCCUACCAUUGGGGUGGAUUUCAAAAUCAAGAUGGUCACAAUUGGUGGGAAAAGAUUGAAACUUACAAUUUGGGACACAGCUGGUCAGGAGAGAUUUGGAACAUUAACUAGCUCUUACUAUAGGGGUGCCCAUGGGAUUAUCCUUGUCUAUGAUGUGACACGGCGAGAAACCUUCACCAACCUGUCCGAAAUUUGGGCAAAGGAAGUCGAGCUCUACUCCACCAAUCAUGAAUGCAUCAAAUUUCUGGUUGGAAAUAAAGUUGACAGGGACAGUGAAAGGGCUGUUACUAGAGAAGAGGGUAUGGCUCUUGCACAGGAACAUAAAUGUUCUUUUCUUGAAUGCAGCUCUAAAACUAGAGAAAAUGUGCAUCAAUGCUUUAAAGAUCUCAUUUUAAAGAUUCUUGAGGUACCUGCUUUAUUGGAGAAAGGAUCUGAAGCAGUCAAGAAACAGAUAUUGCAACAGAAACAAGUACGUGAAGCACCCCAAAGCAAUUUUUGCUGCUUUCAAUGAAAAUUCCAUGACAUUUGAGGUAUGGCAAUGCAUAAUAAUACUAGACUACAUAAAGAAGUUCCACAACAGUUGUUGAAAGUGGCAAAAGGAUGGUCAGAUCUUCCUGGAUGCACUUUGGCAAUCGACAGGACAGCCGGUUAUAUGAUCUAGCUACUAGAUAGUAAUUAGUUCUGUUGGAGACAUUGUCGUUGCUUCCUCUAUAAUU